GGGGGGGCGGCCCUGGAGUGGGAUGCGGGCUCCGCGGGGACGCGGCCGCAGCCGGCUGCUGGAGUGAGGGCUGAGCGGAGCCCGUGAGCGCGGAGAGGUUUAUGAUGGAACUCACAUCUUUGCCUAAAUUCCUUUGGACAAGUGACAACAGAUUUCUGCAUCACCAUUUCCCGGAUAUACUGGCUACUGUUCACACCACACAAGACAUUCCUGAAGAAGCUGUUUUUGGCCCGUGCAUGCUGCAGAACACCCUGCUGGACACUGUAGCUUUUAUUGCCCUCAAGUGUUCUGAUAGACGGACCAUCCACUAUGUGUUUAAGGUAGAUGUCACGUCUGUGCACAGUCCUACAGGACUGCCUUGGAUGAGGCUCGUACAAGCAGCUGCCAAUAGCAAGGAGCAAAACUUGGAAGCUUACUUAGAAAACAGUCAGUUAUAUUAUCGCUCUACCAGGAAAAUCAACAAAAAUGAGGAGCUACUUGUCUGGUAUGAUGAAGAGCUUUCCAGACUCUUGGGUUUCAAUGAGAUAAAAACUCAGAGUCCCCAGAAUGAGAUGAGAUGCCAAGAAUGCAACCGAGUCUUUAGAUGUGAGCAUUCCUAUCUGUCCCACGUCCGCUUCCUGUGCAUCCCAGAGAAGAGUGCCCUAUGGAGGAACUUCCAGGGUGAAAAAGUCACCUUAGUGGAGCAGAACACGAAUUUCCACAGCCUGGCAAAGGAUCUAGAGGUCAAAAUGACAGCUUGCAAAGAUGAUGCCCGUGGUCUCACUGGAGAAAAGAGAGCAAAAUCAGAAGAGGCUGAGAACAACAGGAGCAGGAAAACAGUGUUGUUGGAGAAAACAAAUAAUCUGAGUGAGGAACAUAACUGUGGGGGAAAGGAAGAGGCUGGAGGAGAGCAUGCACCAGCUGGUUCUUUCUGGAAGCCGAGUUCAGGAAGGCAGUCAGCUAGGAAGGAGGCUUUUGAGCAGAAGCAGAGUGCUUUCACUGAGGUCAGGACGACAAAGGAGAAGCUGAGGAAUGAGAGACCCAAAGAGUCAGACCAGGAGGAUGGCACAGUUCCCACUGGUAAGGAGCAGGUAUCAAAGGAGGCAUUGCUGAACUCCUCUGGUAGUGCAUUCUCCUUUGUGUGGCCUGCCAGAGGCCAAGGAGAGCAGAAAAGUGCUUUCAGCAAGCCCAGUAAAUGUCUUGCAGAAAGAGUGGCAAUAAAUUCUUCUCAUCCCAUGAGUGAGUCACCAAAGAGCCUGGGGGAGCUGUCUGGCUUCAUCGCCACCACAGACAUCAUGUGCUGCAGCACUCUUCUCAAUUCCAAGUUCUUUGUCAGUGAUUUGUGUAAUGCUCAGAUGCUGCAGACUAGCAUCAUUCGGGGAAAUGUUUUCCCUUAUAGCUCAGAACCAUGGCACAAGCAAGCAGGACAGUUACAGAAUACAACCACUACUUCUUCCUCCACCUCCACCUCCUCCUCCUUGACUCUUCUUCCCCCCACCUUCACAUCCUUUGGAGUGGCUGCCCAGAACUGGUGUGCCAAAUGCAACCUGUCCUUUCGCAUGACUUCCGAUUUAGUCUUCCACAUGCGGUCACAUCACAAAAAAGAAUACUCUUCAACUGAAUCCCAGAGCAAGAGGAGACGGGAGGAGAAGCUCACAUGUCCCAUUUGUCAUGAGUACUUCCGAGAACGCCAUCAUUUAUCCCGGCACAUGACCUCUCACAAUUAGAGCUGUGCAGAUGGGUCUCACCAAGGGACUGGGCAGGUUGGGUAGAGUAGGGGGACGUCGUUCAUUUGUAUCCAUUUCUUUUUUGCGUUUACAUUAAUUUCUUACAGAAAAUCACUGUUUACAGUAAUUUAUAAUUGAUGCUUUGCAAAAAAAAUACGAUAUGUUUACAAAAGUCUGAGUGGGUUGUAAGUUUUGCAAACUCAGCCUAGCCCUUGUCAAUCUAUUUUUGAGGAAAUAAAAUUGUGAAAUGAAUGCACACACACAGUAUUAAUUUGCAAACAAAGUUUGGGGACAAAGGUAUCAUUUUGCAGACAAAAUUUGAUUUGCUGGUGUCUGCGCUGUACAAUGUAAAUACAGAAGCAGCAACCUCUUCACUGAAUGCAGAAUCUUUAAAUCUACAUGCUUGUACGCAAAAAGAAACAAAGUUGCUGUUUGUAUCAGUUGUGUUGGCCUCUUACUCAGUCUGAGCUGAGUUCUAGGCUUUGCUGCUUUUGAAAUAAUGCAUACAAAAUCUGGUAAGUCUGCAUCUGUAUUGAAGUUUGAGCUGUAGUCAAACAGUCAUUUAAGGAAGGGAGCACAGAUUUUUCCAGAGGUCGGCUUGCAAGAUCUGUGUGACUUCUGCAUGCAUGCAGGUCUGAUCGGGCAGGGUUUCGCUUGUGGAUUUCAAUUUGUGGAUGUACUGAAGAAGGCAGCUGGGGUGCCUGAGUUACUGCUAGCAAAUGCUAGAUAGAACCUGUGUUCUGCAUCCUGGCUGGUAGGCUCUGUUCUGCUGACAGCUAGAAGAGGAAUGUCCUUCACAAAAUGACACAGUUGUUCAUGAAUUGCACUGGAUGAGACCAUUUCUAUCAUCUGGUUUCUACAUUGGCUAAUUCCAGAUGUUUCGAAGAAGAUGCCAAAGCCUCUCUGUAGCCAGUCCAUAUGAGAUGAUUUUCUGUUGCCUCCUUUGGUUUGUGCUCUG